UUUACAUUCACCCUGGGACAUGUAGUCCUUUUUGCUCAAGAAGGGAAUUCAGAAAAUUACUCCUGUGAACUACAAUUCCCAGACUGCAAAGCGAGAAGGGUGGGGCCUGUCACUGAGCGCUGAAGAGGAGUCACCACAUUAAGUCUGCAGGUAGAAGCAGCGAGGAACUUUAAUAACAGGGUGUAUGCACUCUGACACAUGUUGCUGCUACUGUGCGGAGCCACGAUGGCUUUGGCCAAGUUCAGUAAGAUCCUGCGGCUGCCCACCUCGGACAAGAAGAAGGCGAAGCAGUACGAGCACGUCCGGCGGGACCUGAACCCCUGCGACCUGUGGGAGAUCGUCGGCGAGCUCGGCGACGGAGCCUUCGGCAAGGUCUACAAGGCCAAGAACAAGGAGACGGGCGUGCUGGCUGCUGCAAAGGUGAUCGAGACCAAGAGUGAAGAAGAGCUGGAGGACUACAUGGUGGAGAUAGACAUCUUGGCAUCAUGCGACCAUCGGUAUAUUGUCAAACUGCUGGAUGCCUUCUACUUCGACAACAAGCUUUGGAUCAUGAUAGAGUUCUGUCCCGGAGGAGCGGUAGAUGCCAUCAUGCUGGAGCUGGACCGAGCCCUGCUGGAGCCGCAAAUCCAGGUGAUCUGCCGGCAGACGCUGGAAGCACUCGUCUACUUGCACAGCAAGAAGAUCAUCCACCGAGACCUGAAGGCGGGAAACAUCCUGCUCACCCUGGAUGGGGACAUUAAGCUCGCGGAUUUUGGGGUGUCGGCAAAAAAUACCAAAACCCUCCAAAGAAGAGACUCCUUUAUAGGCACUCCAUACUGGAUGGCUCCAGAGGUGGUGAUGUGUGAGACCAUGAAGGACGCCCCGUACGACUACAAGGCGGACAUCUGGUCGCUGGGCAUCACGCUGAUCGAGUUGGCUCAGAUCGAGCCGCCUCACCACGAGCUCAACCCUAUGAGGGUCCUCCUGAAGAUCGCCAAGUCUGAGCCGCCCACACUGGAGCAACCAGGCAAAUGGUCGCAAGAAUUUAAGGAUUUCCUGAAGAAGGCUUUGGAUAAGAAUCCUGAGACUCGGCCAAGCGCAGCUCAACUUCUUGAACACCCGUUUGUCUCGGCGAUAAACACCAACAGGCCGCUGCGCGAGCUGGUCGCCGAGGCGAAGGCCGAAGUCAUGGAGGAAAUUGAGGAUGAUAGGGAGGAAGGCGAGGAGGACGAGGCACCGGAACUCACAUCUCCUCCAUGCAAAGAUCCCUCGGAAACCAGUCAGACCAGUCUGGAGGGCGAGCAUCCCGCCGAAGUGGCUGCGGGCACCCCGCCGGAGGAGGCCAAGGCUUCGACGGAGAGCCCGGUUGUGAACUUUCCCGACAAACGGAGCGACGGACUCCAGGACGAAGGGAUCGGGAUGGGCGACGUGGACAAGGCCGAGGGCGAACCCGGUACGAAGGCCUCCAGCUCCGACUCUGGGAUCGAGGACGGGAAGAGCACUCCCACGUCUGAGGAGGGCAAGCUUCCUUCCACGCCUGAGGCAGAGCUCCCGCCGGCCCUGGAGCGGCCGCCGCCCUCCUUCUCGUCCGUGGCCCCUGCCCUUCGACCCCCGGUUGAGCUCAACGGAGGCCCAAGGAGGAGCCUGAGCGAGCGUUCUUCACUGGGAGAAGCGCCCGCAGAGCACACCGAGAGCCUCUCCCAUCGUAACAGCAGCCGUGGCUCCAAGCGCUACUCCGAUACGGGCAGCACCUCGGCCUCGGAGAGCAUGGACCUCAGCUUCAACCUGUCAGGAGAGCUGUCCGUCAACAAGGAGUCCGGAUCCAUCUGCAUCAAUGACCGCUUCUCCAACAAGACGCUGAAACGCACCAGGAAGUUCGUGGUGGAUGGCGUCGAGGUCAGCGUGACCACGUCCAAGAUUAUCCGCGACGACGAGAAGAAAGACGAGGAGAUGAGAUUUCUCAGGCGCCAGGAGUUGCGAGAGCUGCGUCUCCUGCAGAAGGAGGAGCACCGAGCCCAGGCUCUGCUCAACUCCAAGCUGGCCUUGCAGAGGGAGCAGGUGCAGCGCCGCUUCGACCAGGAGAUGCACGCCAAGAAGAAGUACUAUGAAACAGAGCUGGAGAACCUGGAGAAGCUCCAGAAGCAGACCAUCGAGAAGAUGGAAACGGAACACGCGGUGCGCCUGCGGGACGAGACCAAGCGCAUCCGUGCCGAGCAGGAGAAGGAGCUCGGAAAGUUCCAGGAGCAAAUGAAACAACGGAAGAAGGAGGUUAAGAAGGAGGUGGAGAAAAUGCCCAGAAACCAGCGAAAAGAAGCCAUGAAGCAGCAGAUGAAUAUGUUCCAGCAGAUGAAGGAAGAAGAGGAGGAGAAGUUCUUGACGAAGCAGAAGAACUACCUUGAUACGGCGCUGAGGCAGAUCAUCAGUAGGAACAAGCGGGAGAUCUGUGAGACCGAGAGGCAGUGCCUCAAUAAGAAGCAGAACCUCAUCAGAGAGAGGGAAGCUGUCAUCUGGGACAUGGAAGAGCACAGUCUACACGAGAGGCAUCAGCUCUUGAAGCAGCAGCUCAAGGACCAGUACUUCCUGCAGAGGCACCAGCUCUUGAAGAAGCACGAGAAGGAGAAGGAGCAGAUGCAGUGCUACAACCAGCGCAUGACGGAGCAGCUGAAGGUCCGGCAGCAGCAGGAGAAGGCGCGGCUGCCCAAGAUCCAGAGGAGCGAAGGCAAGACACGCAUGGCCAUGUUCAAGAAGAGUCUGCGCAUCAACUCGAGCGGGAACGCAUCUGAGGACCGCGAAAGAAUCAAACAGUUUUCCGUGCAGGAGGAAAAGAGGCAGAAGGCCGAGCGACUUCACCAGCAGCAGAAACACGAGAACCAGAUGCGGGAGAUGUUGGGCCAGUGUGACAGCAACAUGAGGGAGCUGCAGCAGCUCCAGAAUGAGAAGUGCCACCUGCUGGUGGAGAACGAGACGCAGAGGCUGAAGGCCCUCGACGAGGAGCACAACUAUCAGCUGAAGGAGUGGAGGGAGCAGCUGAAGCCCAGGAAGAAGGCUUUGGAGGACGAGCUGAACCACAGGAAGAAGGAGCAGGAAGAAUUCUUUAAGAUGAGUGAGGACGCAGAGUACGAGAAUCCCAGCUCGCCAAACAAACUCACCAAAUUCCUACCGUAUUCCGAGUCGUCCACCACGUAACUGUGCCGCGACCGCUGACGCCAAAGCUCAGGACCAAAGUUUUGGGGGGGGGGGAGAAGAAACAAGGACAGCCACCAUGAAAGGUAGAAAUAAAUAGUCUUGUUGUUGUUGUUAUUUUGUUAUCACAGAAGUAUUUAUAUAUGUAAGUCUUAAGUAUUUUAAUUUGAUGCAAUGAUACCAAUGAUGCUAGAUGGGAUUUGUCUAGCAAAUAUCCUAUAAUUUGUCACACCUCCAUUUAAAAAAAAAAAAAAAAAAAAAAA